AUGGACAAAUUGAGUCGUUCUCGUUCUAGAGCAUGCUUAAUAUGUGGAAUUGUACUUCCUCAUAAUGUUUUCGCGAAUAAAGGUUGUCCAAAUGACGGUGUUGACGACGUGGAAACGUUUACUUCUCCUGUCUUUGAAGGCAUCAUGGCAAUGAUGGUACCUACAGAAUCAUGGGUCGCUAGAUGGCAGAGGAUCGAUAAUUUCACUCCAGGAAUCUAUGCAACACGCGUCCAAGGCGUUCUUAACGACGACAUAGUUGAAUCUUUGCGUCGUCGGGGUAUUAACUACAGGCCACGCAAUGGUACACCAUGGGAUUAA